UAAAUGAAAAACUAAAACUAAACGAAACUAGCAACAGUUGUUGAAAAACUAACUGAAAUAAAAUAAUAAUUAUCCAAAAUAAGUAUUCGUUUUCGUAAUUAAGAAGCUCUCAUCCAGUGGCGGAAAAUUACUUGGUUUAGUUUAAAACCAAACAGGCUGUAUAAUACAUUUACCUGUAGAUGGCGCAUGUGAGCUUAGCUGACGGUGACAGCAACAAACUUAUAAAUACGACAGACAUAAAUGAUGGCAGCAGGUAGGAAACGACAGAGCCCUGUUUGGGACUAUUUCGAAUUUAAUUCCGAAACAGGAAAAAGCAAAUGCAUUGUCACGCUGAAUAAUACAUUUUGUGGUGUUGAAAUUAAGGGGAAAAAUCCCACAAACCUUAAAGUACAUUUGCAAACCAACCAUCGUGAAGAAUACAAAUCCUUCAUGGCGAAAGAUUCGGAAAGGAAGACUACCACCGGUACUGAUAAAGUCAACGAGGGUGCUAGUUGUUCUCAAACUCAACAGCAGCAGCAGACUCUGACAUUGUGCUUUCAAAAAUCUGAGGUUUGGCCAACAAAUUCAAAUGAACAUAAGAAACGAGAAAAUGCACUGGUAAAUUUGUUUGUUGAGACUGGCAUGUCCACUAGACUAUGUGAUUUGGUAGCAUUUAAAAGUUUUAAUGCUGCUCUAGACCGCAGAUUUAUCACUCCCAGUGCUGCACGGAUCAAUUCCUUAAUUGCGCUAAAAAUGGAAACUGCAUCCCAGCGAGUAAAAGAAAUGCUGAGAGAGACCCGCAAAGUCACAAUAUGUGUAGAUGGAUGGAGCAAAAAAGGUUUGACUGCUUCGUUUUUGGGUAUCUCUGCAUGUUUUUACCAUUGCCCAUCGAAUCAAUCGCAGCAUGCUUUGCUGAAUUUGCGUCGCAUUUGCCAUCCACACACCGGAGAAGCGAUAGCCAAUUGCAUCGAAAGCACCUUGGACGAAUGGGGUAUACCAGAGAGCAAAAUAUUGCUCAUUGUAACGGACAAUGGCUCAAACAUGAUUAAAGCCGUGGAUCUUCUAAAAAAAGCACACAGCAACAGCACAGAAGUGGCACAGUGUGAUGCUUCAGAUAACGUGGAUUCUGCUGAAUCUGACUCAGACUCCCAGGAUGAAUGUGAUGCUGAUGAGGAUCAAGACUUGUUUCAAGAUGGGUUCUCGAAAUUCCAGCGUAUGCCAUGCAUGGCACAUACCUUGCAGCUUGCAGUUAAGGAUGCAUUGAAAGUUCCUAGUGCAAGUAAUGUUCUUAGCAAAGCAAGAUCAAUUGUUCAUGCUAUACGGAAGUCCUCAGUGGCAAAUGAACGUAUGAUUCAAAGGUGUGGACGAACACUGAUCCGUGAUUGCCCCACACGGUGGAAUAGUUCAUUUGAAAUGAUCAAAAGACUGAUUGAAACCAGACCUACUCUCAAUGAAAUCCUAGAAGAGCUUGGGACUGACACUCUUUUGAGCAGUGAAUGGACAAAGCUAGAAAAUCUCAUGAAACUACUGCAACCAUUUGCAACACACACUGAUCAACUUCAAACAGAUAGCCAGUCCCUAUCUGAAGUAGUGCCAGCCCUGCUAAAUCUGGAAGCACAUCUGCAGCAGACUACCAAUAUGGAAAAGCAAAUUGUUCAAGUCCUUCUGAGGUCAAUUCGACAACGCUUUGCAAGCAUACUUGAUCCUACACAUGCAAAGUUUGAUCCAACAGCAGGUGCAGCAUCUCUAAUGGACCCAUCUGUCUCCCUAGCUCUUAUAUCUCCAGAGAUGCAGCAUCUAAAGAGAGAGGCAGAGAUAUUUGUCUUGGAUCAAGCUUUAAGAUAUAGCCAAACUUCAGCCACUGUGACAGAUAAUGCAUGUGAACUACCAUCAACUUCUGCAGGCACCAACAAAACCCUUCAGAAAUACUCGUUCCUCGCUACAAAAAUCUUCAGCACUACUACUAACCAGGUGAAUUCAGUUGAGAACUCUGGCAGUGCAUUGCAUGAAAUGCAAAAAUACCUAGAUGAAGUGAAGCAAGACAACAUUGGGGUCAGGCCACUAGAGUACUGGCAAGGACGGGUAGCAGUGUAUCCAAAGCUUGCACCUGUUGCAAUGGAUUUGGUCUGUGCCCCUGCAUCUCAAGCCUUUGUAGAAAGAAUAUUUUCAGUUUGCGGACAGCUUUCAUCUGGACUGAGAAACAGAAUGACCACCUCCCUGGAACAAAGAGUCUUCUUAAAAGUUAACAGAAAAUUUUGUUACUGAAAUGAUUUCAGAAAACACAGACCACAAUUAUAUCCAAUGCAAAAUACAUGUUUGGUAACUUUGGACAUUUUAUUCUGGUCUGUUUGUUUAAAGUAAAAUUGAACACUUAGUACGCACACACUUGAAGAUUGUGUUCUAGUCUGUUAGUGCAAGUGAUAUAAACACUACACACAUGCACAUUUGAAACCUUUAAGAUUGUUUUAGUCUGUUUUCGCUAAACUCAAAAAGAUUUAAUCUUUAAUAUUUAUGUUUGUUCAUAUGCAUGUUCAUAUGCAUGUUCAUCAUGUAUUAUGUGCAUUUGUUUGGUUCUUUUUUGCAUCUCUGUAAACUGUGCAAACAUGAUUACUUUUUGCUGAAAAUAAAGGUCUUGCUUUGCUUUCUUUGGUCAACACUGGAAGUGUUCGGUUAGCUGCUAAACUAUAAUUACUAAAACUAUAACUGAAACUAAAUAAAAUAAAAACUAAAUAGAAAUGUGUUUGCAAAAUAAAAACUAAACUAAAACUAACAAAACCAUUCAUGAAACGAAAUAAAACUAAACUUAAAUUUAAAGCAAAAUUGAAAACGAUAUAAAAAUAAAAACCAAUUUAAAAAAGCAAAACUAUAAUAACUCUGCUCUGAAUCACUGGAGUCCAGGAAAAGAUGAAUGCUUUGGUCAUCUGCUGUUUCGUCUGAAAAACAACAACAAACAGAUGAUACCGUUAUGCAUUAUGACUCGAUAUUCCUAUUUAAUUAUAAAUUACUAUUACAAUAACAACAACAAAUUACUAUUACAAUAACAGCAAGGGCUACCACAAUAGAUAAAACAUGCUGGAGGGCUACUUUUUGAUAUAGAAUACUCAAAACGUUUUUGUUUAACUUUUAUUUUACUUGUUGAUAUGUUUUAGUAUUGUUUAAAAUGAUAACAUACGUAAACCAAGCCAAGCUAAUAUAAAAAAAUAUGUAAUUAUGCUCACCGUUGUCUGAACUGAUAUUCGCUUGGUGCAUUUCUUCAAAUUCUUCAAUCACUUCUUUUGCUGGGUCCUCGGAUUGCAUUUCACUUCCACCAAUCUCUCCAGUAAAGUUAUCUUUCGGGUCUUUACACAUUGAUGGUACAUCACCCACAGCGGGUUCAUGACUGGUUAGCAGCAGGCUCUGUACGUUAUCUGACGUAGCCCUUUUGGAUUUUUUCUCCCAAACUCCAUUUUUGAAAUAGCGCUUUCUGUGGUCAAAAUAUUGUGUAUAACACAGUUUAGUGUUGCAAUGUUCACAGAAGCGCCGAGGUCGUUCCAGCACACCGCGCUUGUUUAUAGACUUGUUCGCCUUCAUGCGGCACCGCAAGAAUCGACAGUCGGGUGACGUCAAAGUAUCGCGAGAGGGAGACGAAAUAUGAUUUCUUGAAUCAUUCUCGCAGUACUUCGACGUCAUCUGGCUGUCGGUUCUUGCGGCGCCGCAUGAAGUCGAACAAGCCUUAUAUCAUACGCAUGCGCGCACGUCUCACAAGAUUUUCCUCAUAUCAGUAACCUUGCAUGUGAUUAGAGGAGCCCGACGAGCUUCUCGCUUCGUCCAAUCACGUGCGUGGUUAUGGCCACGACUCAUACAGCAGAGAAAGAAAAGACGAGCAUAUAAUAACAGACGUUUAGUGUUUGUAGCUUCGAGAAGACCGGUGCACAAUCCCAAGAUUGCGGUAAGAAUAAUUUUAUGUAUAAGCAUAUUUUUAAGUAGCACAAGCUAAAAGCCCAAGCUGUGUGUUUUAUAACUUAGAGGUGUUUUUUGUCUUGUAAUUUUUAGGAGGCUGUACGGCGUCUCUGAGGCACACUGCCGGCGCUAUGAACCAGAGCAAGGACUAACGUCGCCUCAUAACGAAGCCGUGACCUCCUAUUUCCUCGGGGCUAUUUCAGCAAGUCCAUAUUUAACUGCUGAGAAUGACGACAUUGUUUCUGCCUGUAAGACGUAUUAUGAGUCGGUACGCCGGAGCUUCAGAUACAAGCAACCUGAACUCGCAUCGCUUUAGGAAACUGCGAAAAGUUUAGCUCGGAGUCGAUCCAGAAGAAAAAGGUUGCUGGAAGCGAGACGAAGUGUGCUGGCUGAGGAUGCGAUGGACAUUUGGAAGUGCGCAAUCAUAGAUAUAUACGCCUGCAAAAGUGACUUUUUUUCCAACGAUUUUUAGGGAUCUUUCCCGAAUGUCUUGGGCACUUUUUGACGUGUUUAGAGGACAACAUAAGAGACAUUAUGCUG